CUCUGUCACCGUCUUUCCUCCAUCAGGUCCUCAGAGUUGCAGCAUGAACACCUUUGUGACUCUGUCUACAGGGCAGAGGAUGCCCAUGGUUGGACUCGGCACAUGGAAGAGUGCUGCAGGACAGGUGAAGCAGGCGGUGCUGACGGCUUUAGAGUGCGGAUACAGACACGUCGACUGUGCUGCCGCUUACGGCAAUGAGCAGGAGGUUGGAGAGGCCCUGGCUCUGUGGGUCGGUCCUGGGAAGGCUCUGCCCCGUGAGGAGGUGUUUGUGACCUCCAAGCUGUGGAACACCAAGCAUGACCCUGAGGAUGUUGAGGAGGCGUGCAGAACCAGCCUGGCCCACCUGGGUCUCUCCUACCUGGACCUUUACCUCAUGCACUGGCCAAUGGCAUUUCAGCGGGGGAAGGAGCUGAUGCCUCGGCGGGAAGAUGGAAGUAUUUGUUACUCUGACACACACUACAGAGAUACUUGGAGGGCCAUGGAGAGCCUGGUUGAUAAAGGUUUAGUCAAGGCUAUAGGAGUGUCCAACUUCAACGCCAGGCAGAUUGAUGAUAUCAUCAGCAUGGCUCGGCACAGACCAGUAGUGAAUCAGGUUGAAUGUCAUCCUUAUUUGUCUCAAGCAGAUCUUCUGUCACACUGUCGGUCAGUGGCGGUUUGUGUGACAGCUUACAGUCCUCUGGGCAGUGGAGACAGACCCUGGGCCUCUCCUGAUGAGCCAAGCCUGCUGGCGGAUCCUCAACUGGGAGCCAUCGCCCAGAGAUAUCAGAGAACGCCUGCCCAGGUUAUACUCAGGUGGCACAUUCAGAGGGGCGUCGUGUGCAUCCCCAAAAGCGUGACGCCCGCCAGGAUCCAGCAGAAUUUGAAGGCGUUUGAUUUUUCCUUGUCACAAGAGGACAUGAAACUGAUUGAAUCCUUCAACCGCAACCAGCGUUUCAUCGUUCCAUCAGUCGAGAGAGGUGGCAAGAGAGUGUGGCGAGACGCAGAACAUCCUCAUUUCCCCUUCCAUGAUCCUUACUGAGUCUACAAAUGCAACAAUUUACCUUUUGAUUGUUGUCAAAUACAUUUAUUUCCUCUCUUUGAAAAGAAAUGCCCUGCAAUAAACACCAUCUAGGUCACUAAAUUUGUCAAAUAUUGCUGAAGGGAAUGCACACAGAGCAUAAUAAAGAAAAAAAUA